CACACUGCUCUGCCUGUUUGUUUUGUUGUUGUGUCUCUAUAUAAAUUGCUGGAUAAUUCCAAUUUUGUGCUCAUUUUGUACUGUUGUUCCCGCUCCCGGAUCAUUUUUUUUUUGCCCACGACGCAAUUGUGUGAUUUGGCAAUGCUAUAAACUGCAGUUAACUGCCGUGUGAUCCGUGACUCCAAUAAAAACGUAUAAAAACAAAGAAGCGAAGCCGAAAAUGCAGCGCCUGCAGCAGUUUUUCCUGCUGCUCCUGGUUGGUGCGGCGGCAGCGGGACUGGCACAGGCCACUGUGGCGCAGGAGGAGCAAACGAAGGUGGCAGGCAACAUCGUUCACUAUCAGCCGGAGCAAGUGCAUCUGGCCUUCGGAGAGCGCACCGCUAGCGAGAUAGUCGUCACCUGGUCGACGCGCAGCCUACCGCCGGACCCGGAAUUGGGGGCGUCCAGCUUGGUGGAGUACAGUCGUAUGGUGCCCGGAGAGGUACCCCGGUUCACCCAGCACUCCCGCGGCACAGCCACCAAGUUUGUGGACGGCGGCCGCAAGCAGGCCACGCAGUACAUCCACCGGGUGACGCUUAGCGGCUUGGAGGCGAACGCCACGUACAUGUAUCACUGCGGCAGUGCCGUCGGCUGGUCGGCCAUCUUUCAGUUUCGAACGGUGCCCACCGCCACGGCCGACUGGUCACCCUCGGUGGCCAUCUACGGGGACAUGGGCAACGAGAAUGCCCAGUCCCUGGCCCGACUGCAGCAGGAGACGCAGCGUGGCAUGUACGAUGCCAUCAUCCAUGUGGGUGACUUUGCCUACGACAUGAACACGGAGAAUGCGCGCGUGGGCGAUGAGUUUAUGCGGCAGAUCGAGACGGUGGCCGCCUACCUGCCCUACAUGGUGGUGCCGGGCAACCACGAGGAGAAGUUCAACUUCUCGAACUAUCGCGCCCGCUUCAGCAUGCCGGGCGGCACGGAGAACAUGUUCUACAGCUUCGACCUGGGACCCGUCCACUUUGUGGGCAUCAGCACGGAGGUCUACUACUUCCUCAACUACGGCGUCAAGUCGCUGGUGUUCCAGUACGAGUGGCUGCGCCGGGAUCUGGCCAAGGCCAAUCUGCCCGAGAAUCGGGCUGAGCGUCCGUGGAUUAUCAUCUAUGGCCACCGGCCGAUGUACUGCAGCAAUGAGAACGACAACGACUGCACCCACUCGGAGACCCUGACCCGUGUGGGCUGGCCCUUCGUCCACAUGUUCGGCCUGGAGCCGUUGCUCUACGAGUUCGGUGUGGACGUGGCCAUUUGGGCGCACGAGCACUCGUACGAGCGGCUGUGGCCCAUAUAUGACUAUGAGGUGCGCAACGGGACACUUAAGGAUUCGCCGUACGAGGAUCCCCGGGCUCCGGUGCACAUUGUCACCGGGUCCGCGGGCUGCAAGGAGGGACGGGAGCCGUUCAAGGGCAAGAUACCCGAGUGGAGUGCCUUCCACAGCCAGGAUUAUGGCUAUACGCGUCUCAAGGCUCACAAUCGCACCCAUUUGCACUUUGAACAGGUGUCGGAUGACCAGGAUGGCGCCGUCAUCGAUGAGUUUUGGCUGGUCAAGUCCAAGCACGGCAGCUACCAAUAGAACUGAGGGACCUAAAACGAAACCAAAGCAAGCUAAAGGAGUCUCCAGGCAGCACACAACACAAGCACCCAUAGAAACUGUGGCAGUAUUAAAAGCGCGCACAUUCGAUUCUCGACCUGAUUCGAUCACAAACUAUAUAGAUACCUAGGAAUGGCAGAAUAUAUCGGUUUAUGGGGUCUGAUAUUUGAUAUCUUAACGUUGAUAAUGAAUGAUAUUGAUAUAUUGGAUAUUCCCGCUCGAUAUAUGUACAUCCCUAGCAAUGGUACCCUAGAGGUAGAGCUGGAGAAAAAUAGAUUCCGUCGAUUUUUUCGAUCUUUUCAAAAAAAAAAAAACAUCGAAUAAAUCGAUAAAACAAUUAUUUAUUUUUAAAUUAAAUGAAAUCCAAUACAAGAAAUAAAAACCAAAAUACAUUCCUACACAUUUAAUAAGGAAAAGUAAGGUUCAAUAACAUAGAAAAAGAAACAACAAAAUCAUCGAUUGUUUUAUCGACCAAAAUAGAAAGAAUCUAUGUAAUCGUUGACAUCGAUUUUUCCCAGCUCGACCACUAGGCAUGGUCUAUAACACAUUCCUUAAGCGAAUAUCACAUGUACAAAGCCCAGCCAGACCGAACUAAACUAUUACUUAGCCAAUUUUUGCGAGCCAAGCAUUUAAGAGAGCAUUUAGUGUAAGGAGCUCCAAACUUGCACUUAGCCCAAUUUAAAAUUAAUUAAUUAAGCAUUGGGAAACCCAUUUAUCACACUUAUUAUUUUACUUAAGUUUUUUAACAUUCAAAAUGCAAAUUCAGUGCUUUUUCUUGCCUGAAAUUCCCUAAUGGUUUUUAAUUUAUGGAGUUUUGGGUACUUUUACAUAUAUUUAUAGUCCUGGAAAACCGACUAUACUACCAUUACAAUUACUAUUUUACCCUGUGGUCCCAAUAAACUGCUUAAAUACA